CAGAUCUCGGCUUGGACAAAUCCCUGAUACCGUUUCCUCGCUUCAUGGUUAUCGAUUGGCGGAGAACACCGGAACAACCAACACGGCCACCACCUCCAUGCAGCGAGUCGCCGAACUCUCUCCAACUUUUGAAGAUAUGAUCAUGUAUAUUAUACAGCGCAACAGCCAAGACUUCAAAUUGUGGGAUGCACUCAACAUCUCCAUGUAUGUCAAAGCUGUCUGCUUUUCUUGUGUUGCAUUCUGGCGUUUUAGAGCAGUACAAUUUGGGUCCAUCAUCGUUCAAUAUAUCACAAAUUACUUCACAAAUUCCUUCUCACUGGAAAACUCGCCUGCAAGGAAGUCAAUAUCAAUGUUUUCAUGAACUGAAAAGUUCAAAGCACAUAUGAGAGAUUUAUCAGUUUCAUCAACAUCACAAGUUCAUCGCAUAAGGAUAUCAACUAAACCACCAUAAAUCAACAAACAGGCAAAAAGAAUUCGAUGUUUUCACAUACUC